AUGACUUGUAUUUACAAAUAUAAUGGUACCGCUGCCACUUCUACAACGAAUACCACUGCACCUUUAUCACAAACUGCAGCGACGCAUAUCGUCGAUAACGUUGACGCCUCCGAAGAAGAUAUCCCUUGUGAUGUCUCUACGGAAUAUAGACCAUAUAGGCCGCUCCCAAGUGUCAUCACAGAUUUCAUUGCGGAAAGCAUGUGCGGAAUCCUUGAAACCCAUCAACCACCAAAAUACCUCAGUUGGAACUUUGUACCAUUACCCGAGCUGGUAUUUUUCGUAGAAAGGGUAACCUUGAAAGCAAAGGUCGAUGUUUAUACCGCGUUAGUAGCUUUAAUUCUCGUCUCUCGUCUUAAAAAACGCUUACCAAAGAACGCUCAUGGUGAAUACGGCACGUGUCAUAAAAUUUUCAUAUCGGCGAUAUUGGUCGCCUCCAAGGAAUUCAUGACGAGACAACCUUUACAGAAAAAAGAAGUUGAAUCACAACGUUUUUAUCCUUCAACACCAGUCACAUGCCGUCAAACCUCUUCAUCUUCACCGAUCACAUCAACAACGGAAAAAAUCCCAUUAUCCUCAUCGGAUCCAAAUUUAUGUUUGUCGGAUUCGUCCUCCGAAUUCGUUCAAUCGCUCAGCAAUAACAUCUUAUCAACCACCCCAACAUCAACCGUUUCGUCUUUAUCAUCUUCCUCAUCAUUAUCAGAGGAUGAGAUGUUACCCGGUACUCCGCCACCAGCUUCGCCGCCUUCAACACAACAUCAUCGCGGAAAACGUCGUCAGUCGAUAAUAAAUAAAAAAUUGGCCGAAAUUUCGGGGAUUUACACUUUAGAAGAGGUCAAUCAGAUGGAAAAAUCAUUCCUCAAACUUUUGGGUUCUCAUAAUAUUUGGGUCGAUGAAAACGAUGUGCGUAAUUUUCUGGAGAAGAAUAAGUACGCUUUGGGAAUAUGUGAAAGGAGCAUCGAGAGGAAUUCAUGA